CUAUUAUUGGUGCUCGCUAAUUUGCGGCACGCACGAUACGAGAUACGGCCGAUCGACAUUCAGCUGUCAAGGUGGGCUGCAGCCAUGAGUUACUUAUGGGAUUCUAACCGCUGGAGUGCUGCAGGUCGAAGGGUUCGCGUGUUAGUCCUGAGUAGCGGUCGAGAUGGCCUAUUAUGGUGUAACGAAUACAACGGCAACGCCCCGCUGUACCUACAGCACCGAUCUGUUCAUUGAGAGUGCUAGCGAUAUCUGCGGCCGCUACAUCAAGCCCCUUCAAGUAUGCCCUACGAAGGAUGUUACUCCGGCUGUUCGCCUCGAGGCAGCGAGCCAGGUCUCUCUGUGCAUGCAUUCGAUAUGGGAUCAAGGCUGGGCAAGCAACGGAUUGAAUACGUCGACUCAGAACACGUCCUUCAAUCUGGCGCCAGUUACAGUUGAGAAGGAUCCCGAGUGCGCGUAUCCUGACUUCCUCCCUAUUCUCCAGAAGACGUGCGCAUUCGAUCUGGACCAUUUUGACGACACCUGCAACGCGACGACCAGCGGACUCUCAGAGCGCUUCGACUACACGGCGUGCCAGCAGCAUGCGGCAAUCCAAUACGUCCGGUGCACGCUGCAGAAAGACGCCGACGAAGUCGAGAACUGCGUCUCCCGAAACGCUGUUAAAGUCGAUUGGCUCGAUCAACUACAAACCUACACCGGCGCCAAAUCCUGCACACGAAUUAUCCUCUACCUCGUCAUUCAAGUCCUGCAUAACCUACGCCAUAUCAUCGGCUCCCUUCUAAGCGUCCUACUUCUCCCCGUCGUCAUCCGGUCGACGUUCCAAAAAUGGUCUUCUCGCAAGAGAAGCCGCCAAACACCAGGCUUCGAAAUGGCCCACCACGGCGAUCCUACGAAGGGCGAGGCUCACGUAACCGAGCGUGGCGUUAACGUUAACGAUGUACCAGAGGGCACUCCCAUCUCCCCCUGGACUCGCGAAAAGCGUUACACAUUGAAGGCGACCCGCAUGCUCCAAACCAUGGGCCGCGAGCUUCUCACCGCCUACCUUACCUUCCUCGUACUCGACCAGUCCAAAGUCUUCCGCGGUGCCUCCUUCGGCGAAGAAGUGUCUUUCUAUCUAAUCCGCCCGCGGCCCGCUCCCUUCUACGGCAUCCUCGGCUUCUUCGUUCCCUGGAGCCAAAAAGCGCUCGCCGAGCUCGUCGUCGACGGCAUCCUGUCUUUCGGCGCCGGCACAAACGUGGCGUCUCGCUUCUGGCACCUCGUGAACAAGCCGCCUGCGGAUCCCGCAGCGCCGGCUGGCGACCUGAAGACCUUAGCGGUCGGCGCGAUAAUGAUGUGCAUACCCGCAUUCACCGUCCUCGCAAUCACCUUCCUCAUAUCCAUGGGCUAUGCCGCAGUUGCCGACGAUAGCUCCAGCAGCCGCCGCAAGAAGAAGGACGGUGACGGAUGGGCCUGGCUAGUCGCAGGCCUGUGUAUCUGGGCUAUGCAGCUCCUCCUCAUCGGCCUCUUCAUCUGCGCCCUCCCCCUCAUCGCCAUCAUCGAAAUGCUCGCCUCCACCAUAAUAACAAUCCGGAACCAUAUCAAGCGCCGCAAGGACCGCAACAAUAAUCCGACCUUCGCCGACUCGGAAGACAGCAGCUGGACCGGCGUCAUGCAGCGUGCGCGCUCGAAGUGGGAAGAGCCGCUCACGACGGAGAGUCGGCGCUUUCGUGUUAUGUAUGUGCUGUUUGUGUUCGCGAGCUUUAUCAUUAAUGUGGGCAAUUGGGUGUUUUUUGGCAUGUAUUUGACGAUCGAGGGCGAGAUGUUUUGCCCCGCCAAGGUGGACGAGUUGGUCGCCGUGUGGAUUCUAGUGCCGUUGGGGAUCGAUAUGUUUUUCUUUGCGUUUAGGAUGUGGACGGGCGAGAUUGUCUUUUGGGAAGGGACAAGUUACGCGGUUGCUGUGUAGGGGUUGAGUAGGUUCACUUCACUUCUUCCCAAGAGCUCGACAAGAUUACUUCUUCCACUCUCACCGACGAGCUGCGGUUCACCGGCGGAACGGGGGAUGAAAGGCGUCCGGGCGAGAGCCAAUACAAG